GGGAGAUUCGGGUGUGCCGGGCGGUGGGAGCGGAGCCGGGGUGACAGCAGCUCUGCAGAGCCCACAUUAUGGUGCAGCUCAUCAUCUCCAGUGCUGGUGCAGGCAGCCUGGAGCGCUGGGUGCUGGUGGAGCUGCAGGGAGAGGUGGAGCCGCGUGGUGGCGGUGCGCUGCCUGGGAGUCUGCUGGGAGACCUGCACUACACACGGGAGGGCAUCCCCGUGCUCAUCGUGGGUCACCACAUCCUCUAUGGGAAGGUGGUGCAGCUGGAGAAGCCCUUUGCUGUCCUGAUGAAGCAGGCAGCCGACCCUGCAGGGACGCGCUACGCUGUUACCGCCCUCAUCAAGACCAAGCUGCUCUUCAAAACGCGGCCCAAACCCAUCAUCACCAACGUGCCCAAGAAGGUGUGAGGACACAGACCUGCUGCCACGGGAGCAAUGCUUUUCCUUUGUGACACUGCUGAGGACAGCUGGGGCAUGAACACAGCGCCCAUCUUAGGCAAGGGGCAUCCUGCAGGGCCAGGCUGUGCCCCUAAUGGGGGCUGCACAUGAUGUGCCACCAGCACUGCCCAAGCACCAGAACUCAGCUCUGCAGCCAUGCACAUCGUGCUGCCAGCUCUGCCCAUCCUCCUGCCUGUGCCAGGUAUGGCUUGGGCACACUCUCAAGCUGGCUGCCUCCUCAUGUUCCCUUCUAAAGUCACUCCUGCAGCCAGCAGAGCUGCAGACAGGGUCUAUCACUUCUGUUUUAGCACCUUCCCCCCUCGAGUCUCCCCAGACUGGGAGCCCACGUGGAGUCAGGCAGGGGGAGCAGGGAUGACACACCAUGUUUUGUCUGUGCAAGUCUUUAUUGUGUCAAAUCCACCAGGAUAUAAAAAACAGACCUCUCAAAAUAUGAAAAAAAUAGGAGUUAAAAAAUAAAUAGAUUUACAAACAAUCAGCAAUAAAGUGUAAAUACGAAAAGAGCUACAAAAGUCUCCUAAAA